AUUAAAAUAUUAUUAUUAUUUGGGCCUCGGAAAUGUUUAGAUAGAAAUAGCAUAAAGAGAUCCACUCACCCAAAGAUCUUCGUACAAUCGCAACAAAACACAAAAAAGAAUUCAAUUUUGAGCAGAUUCCUCGCUGAUAUACUUAAACCCUUCAAUUCGAUCAUCAUACAGAGCUCAAAAUUCAAUAGUUAUCAUGAAAAAAUCAAUGAAUAAUCGAUAAGGAGAAAAAGUAAAAAAUUAAAGAAAAAUGUCAUCUUGGAUCCCUUCACUCUUCAAUCCCUUCAACGACGACGACGAUAAUCCAAACCCACCUGAGCAUUCCUCACCCCCGAAGAGCCCUUCUGCCGGUGCUAGGGAUGAUCUCUCAGCCGUGUUCCGCGGCGUCGCCGCCUUUCUUGCGCCUCCUCCAGCGGCGGCUUCUUCUUCUGGGCCCUCUUCUUCAUCGGAGACGAUCGAGGGGAUUAAAAGUGAUUUGGCUGAAAUUCAGGGCACAUUCAGAUCAGGGUUGUCGUUAAUUUCAUCGAAGAUUACUUCAAAUCUACUGCAGCUCCAGAAUCAACUCAAUGAUGGAGAUGGGAAUGAUGAUGUGGAAAGGGAGGAGGACGAUGACGACGAUGACGAAGAUGGAUUGGGAAUUAGUGAAGAGGUUUUGGAUUUUGUUUUGAAAAUCUCGAGGCGGCCAGAGCUGUGGACUGAUUUCCCUCUUUCUUUGCCUGAUGAUGAUUUUCAUUUGUCAAAUUAUCAGAGAGAACAUGCGGCAAAUAUUGACCAUUUGGUACCUGACUUUAAGACGCUGAGGCAGAAAAUCUGCAGUCAAAUGAGCAAGGAGAAGUUUUGGCUUAUAUAUUUUAUUCUACUUCUCCCCAGGUUGAAUGAAGAAGAUCUGAAGCUUCUCUCAACCCAACAGGUUGCUGAAGCAAGGGAGACACUUUUGAAGCAACUUCAAAGUAAGAAUGAUGAAGAAACCUCCGGAAACCCUGUGUCAUCUGAUGCUAAGGAUGCAUCAGCCGAGACUGUAAAUCCAACUAAACCUAGAGAGACUGUUGAGGAAUCUGAAUCUGAAUCUGGUCAUCAGCCUGAAGCAGUUGAGACACGCGCAUCCAAUGAUGCUAAAAAGCAAUCUCAAAAUGAGGAGGAUGUUUCAUUUAGUGAUCUUGAAGAUGACGAAGAUGAUCCAUCAGCACGUAGAGUAUCAACGAGCGACAAAGCUUGGGUUCAACUGGAUGAGAACUCUGGAUCUCAGGCUCCUAAGCAGAAUGCUGGCCAGAAUGUUUCGAAAGAUAAAGAAUCAGAAGGUGAGGAUUCGAACGACUGGCUCACCGUUGAUGAUACCGAUUUCGACAAUUUGGGAUCAGUGUGAAACUUCUCAUAUGUGUAAAUUUGUUUCUCCCCUUCUAUUCUUUUCUUUUACAUGUCUGUGUAGAAAUCUGCUGCCUUAGAUAAUCUAAGGUGGGAUGGGUGUCAUCACAAUGCAUGUCAAGAAAUUGCAUUUUCUUUUUCAUCUUGUCAUUAUAGUGUUGCUUAUUUUCGUCAACUAUGAUAUAUAUAUGUGUUUUUAAAUUUGUAUAAAAUCUUCAGAUUUCAAUGUAGUAUAUUGUAUACCUAAGUUUAGUUUAGUUAGCUACUCCCCCUAAAAGAAAAGUUUAGUUAGCUACUUUAUGUAUUUUAAUUUUUUUAGUGAUAUGGCUGGUUUUCUUUA